AUGUAUUCGCGAGUUUGUCGCAAUAAUAAGCAAGCCCCAGAAAGAACCGUGGCUUAUGGUAUGAAGGUUAAUUGUUGUGUUCAGUUUGCUGUGAGCCGGGCAGUUCCCCGGGGCCGCUCCCUUCGCGCAGUGGUGCAGGGACACAAGCUGGCAUCUGAGCUUCACCACCUGGAGCAGGUGUCCGAGGCUCAGGGAGAGACAGCUACGGGGGUGAUGACAUGCUCCCCUUUUGCUCACACCCUGCCAUCCAGAACAGGUGCGUGGCCCCACCUGGCUGCAAGGUUACCUGCCCACCCCUCGAAGUACAGUCCCAAUCUCACACUUCAGCCUCACGGCCUGCAACUUCCUGCCCGCAUCCAGACUCACGCCCAGUGCGAGAUAGGGAAGCUGCCUGCGCACCCUGGCAUGCUGUUGCCCCCUGCCGCCACGCCUCGUCCCUCUGCCCGCACUGCUCGGGCCCCAAGGUCCGUGGGGGUGGUCCCUGUGUGCAUCAGUUUGGAUGGUUUAAGGAAGCAGAAAGGGCCCACCCUACUCCAGGAGGACCUCAGCCCCAAGCUUCGUUACAACUGCAACGACCCCGUUUCCAGAGAAGGGCAGAUUCACAGCUACCAGGAUCAGGGCUUCGCGUUUCUGGAGGAUACAGGAAAUAUUCAGUCUUCCUCCCUCCUUCUCUCCUCGGUGUCCCUUCUUUGCUCAGAGCUCUUCCCUGAAGACCCCAGUGACCUCAGUCCUCCUUCUCUGAGCUCGGGCACCUUCAAGAAGCGCGUGCCGACCAGGGGACACCCCUGGGCAAAGGCGAAGGUGAGUGUGGUGGAGGCCAGCUGGAGGGCAGUGAACAGACUCAAGAGGUGCUUUGACGGGAAAAUCUCCAAGAUCGGUGGUGGCUUAGAGCACGACCCCUGGACUCCUCACUGUGCAACAGGAAGUUUGUCGCUUGUUCGGUCGGCAGACAGAAGGAACGUGAAUACGAGAAAAGACAAGUUCAACUUGGGUGCACAACGUUUAAUCGGCAUCCACAAGGCGGAGGCAUUUUCACAGGAAAUAACCCGACUCCAGAAGUGGAAGCAUGGCAAGCGCCAUCAAGAGGAAUUAACGGGAACGAGCCAAAGAUUUCUGGAGAAACACAAGGGCCGCUCUUUUCUGUGUUUUGCAGUAAUGUUGGCUCUCCUUUUGUUGGCAGGCCAGUACCUGAAUACUGAGGAGCCUCCUCCCUGUGAAAGAAAGUCUGCUGCAACGGGCCUGGAGGGAGCAAAAGACCUCAGAGAUGCUGACUAUGAAGACCCAGAACUUCGUAUGGAAGAGGCAUGGCGAACGAUAAAAAUUUUACCAGCCAGGCCUAUAAAGGAAUCUGAAUAUGCAGAUACGCGCUAUUUCAAGGAUAUGAUGGACACUCCCUUUUCCUUGGACGCCCAGCCCUCCGUCCCCACGGAGGGCCAACACUGGCACACACGGAUGGGGCUGGAAGAAGUGAACAAACAAAUUUCCAAGGAUUCCAGAAGCCAACACGUUAAAGGAGACAGACCCGCAAAGGAAAGCAAGACUCCUUUCCCACCUCCUCGGCCACCUGGCAUUCUUCCGAAGAAGUACCAGCCCCUGCCGCCCCAGCCGGAGAGCAGCUGUUCACCCCUCCCUCAGAGGCUCGCCUUUCCCGACGUCCAGAGAGAACCCAGACAGAUAAGCUUAAAGGACUUACAUGAGGUCCUCGGAACAGAGAGAGUCCCUCAUUGCCAGAUGAAGCCUGAAUCGACUCACCUGUCACAAAAUCAAAGUACUCAAGAGACUCCUCUUGCCAUCACCAGCUCACCACUCGUGAUGAAAAACCAAAGUGCACAAAACAGAGAUCAUAAACACAGCACCCAGUUCCAUCCUCCCCAGAGAUGUCAGUCUCCAGCCCGCUAUGGCCCUCAGGAAACUUUGCCGCACUGUAAAAACACAGGCUGGAGAAAACCUUUCCCAAGUUCUGAUGAAAAGGAUGUCCAGCAAAACAACUGGUAUGUUGGAGAGCACAGUCGCCAGGCAGCGGAAGAGGCAUUAAGGAGGGAGAACAAGGAUGGCACUUUCUUGGUCCGAGACUGUUCCACGAAAUCCAGGGCAGAACCCUACGUUUUGGUGGUGUUUUAUGGGAACAGAGUCUACAACGUGAAAAUCCGUUUCCUGGAGAAGAAUCACCAGUUUGCCCUGGGGACAGGACUCAGGGGAGACGAGAAGUUUAAUUCGGUGGAAGACAUGAUCGAACACUACAAGUAUUUUCCCAUCGUACUAAUUGACGGGAAAGAUAAAACUGGAGUCCGCAGGGUGCAAUGCUACCUAACACAGCCGCUCUCCUUCAGCAGAUGCUUCUCGCCGUGGUAGCCUGGGCUCUGUGUUCUCUCCGGUUCAGGGGAUCUGAUGCCUCCACCCAUUUUCCAAUGAUUUCAAAAGAUGACGUUCUGUGGCUUCGAGGGAUCACUUCGUUGACCUCGGAGAAAAAGAAAAACCUUUUACCAUGGAAACUGGAAACUCAAUCUCGGUUUCGAAAGUUCAAGCCACAGAAGAAAUAUCUAUAAGAAGCAAAAAAAUAAAAACUGGCUUUUAAAAGCGUAUCAUCUAAAGAGAAAACUGUAAAUGUGGUCCUCGUGCCUAUGUUACAGAUGAGAAAUAAAGGUGACAAGAAGGUUUGCUGAAAUAUUUGCAAUUCGCACAGGACAGAUCUAUGUGAGACUCCCAAGUUUAUGCUCUUUAUAGGACCUGCCCCUGCCUUUAUUUCUGGAGUGGUAGGACUUGUGAAUUUAGAUUUUUGAGAUUCCUCAGGCUAAAGAUAUUGGUGAACGUAAGCUCUAUUGUAUUUGUGAUCCUGGAAAUUCAAGUGUCCGGACGACUGUAGUAGAAAAGGAGACUGCUUGUGAAUAUCACCUGGAGGAAGUCAGAAAUGCUCUUUCUGGAGGAAAGCAGAAAUGCUCUGGUGUGAAAUGGCCAUGGCCCAGGCUCCAGGACUCUGUGUCGAGUGGCUUGGAGACAAACGGAAUUCGCAGAUUCGUAGUCAGGGAGUAAGCUGAAGUCUGAGUGAAAGUUCAAAAACAUUUCUUUUUAAUUCCCAUGGUGGACUUCCCUUCAAAGGAAGAGAACCGUCCUCAGAUAAGUGUGACCCUGAAGGAAGAUUGCACGCCUCCUGAUAUUGUCACCUCCUAAGGCUAAGAGGAUCUUAUUUGAUUCCCACUUUACAAUACAGACGAGGAAAAGAGGCUCAGAAAGGUUACUGAUCUCACUCCGUGUAGGAAGAGAGCCCACAUUUUUAUCCAUUUCGCCUGGCUCCUUCCAAGCACACCUUCCCAGGUACAUUCCCUGUAGAAUUGAACCAUCAAGUUGAAAAGCUAAAUUAAGGAGAGAGAAACAAUCUGAAAAUACAGAUUUACCCACAUGAAAAUGUAUAAAUAACUAAACUCUUUAGUGAAGUAAGUUAAAAGAGAGAGCUCUGGGUGAAAUGAAUACACAUAAUGACUUCAAAUGUUUUCAAAGCCUGUACGUGAAAUUUACGGAAUAUUUAUGCGGUGGUAGCUCUAACGCAGAAGUCAAGUCAAAAAUAGAAUUAGAAGGGGAGAGAUAACAAUGGAAACAACACAAAACCAUGCUCCGGAUCAUCUCAUCUGAAAUAGCAGCCAAGGAGUGCCCUUAAAGGGGCCCCGACCAUCCACCUACCAACUGGACAAGAGAGCACAGGCUCUCUGCUCUCCCAAGGUCAAUGGGAAGUAAUGCCUCUGAGUCAGGGCAGGAGCAUUUGAUGAAGAAGCUCCUUGUCAGUUAGGGCUCUUGAUACUCAACUGAGCCUACCUUCGAGUGCGCCCGCACAGGAUAGCACGUGAACCAAGAAGCAAGAGUGUCUAGCCCGGGGCUUGGCUACUUCAGGAGCAGACUGCUCAGAACUGAAGGCAGUGUGGUUGUUGCUCGCGCUCGGCUGGACCUCCAGGCCGGCAUGGAAACAGGCUGUGCAGAGGCCACAGCUCUUGUGCAGGAAGAAUCUGACCCUCCUUCUAUAAAGCCAUGGGGAG